UACCCCGCUCUGUCAGAACUCGCCCGCAGAGUUUUAUCGAUGCCGACAUCGUCAGCAGCCGCGGAGCGCAGCUGGAGUAUCUACACGUUCAUUCACAGCAAGUACCGCAACAAACUUCUGUCGGACAGGGCUAUGAAGCUGCUGUUCGUCUAC